CCUAUAUUGUCGUUUCCUUGCAGACGGGUUCGGGGCUGCCUCGUCGAACAUUCUGGAACUCCAUCACCUGGAAAUAGGCACCGAGCAACUCUUAUAUUGUUAGGUAUCACUAAAAACUAUUUGAUCACGUUAAAACGCCUUUAAAAUCUUCAUGAGUUUCCUCCGUAAUCAUUUUCUGAACCAAUCUCUCCGUUCUAUCUACAUCCUGAACCCACCUGUCUUCAACCAUGACUGACACUAAACCCACAAUCUUGGUGUUCUGCUGCGGAGAACUAGAAGGCGGCCUUAAGAAGAUCAAGGAGAAAGCUAAUAUCUACCAAGCCUCCUACUCAAAGCGCAAUGCCCCGGCGAAGCUUCUAAGUGAGCAUCCAUCAGCUCGAGCCAUCUGGAUCGUCGACCCUGAUAUUGCAACCCCAAAGUAUAAAGAUCUGUCCAGCAAGGUUGUCAACUAUGCCCGAAAUGGAGGGAUCGUUAUCCUGGGUGGUUUCUUCUCGACGGGCGUUGCGCCUACCGACUUCAAUAAGUGGAUGAAAGACGUGUGGGAUUUGCCUUGGCGAUAUGGCCAGUACGAGACAACUACAGUUGUCUUUCAGAGCUCUGCCGUUGGCCCUCGAAAAUUCUGGCAUGACGGUCUAGCAGCUGCAUAUACUCAGAAAGGAGUUUUCCUCAAAAAUGUCCCUCCUGCCGACUCGUGGUAUGCUUCGCCCCCGGGAUCAACAAGUGAGUCUCGUGUUUUCGGUCCUGUUCCCAUCCAGGCCCAGACAUCUAUCGCAUUUGGCAGGGUUGGCAAGGGUUGGUUGGGAUGGACGGGCGAUAUCCAUAACCGGGAGGAGACUUCUGCCGCUGUGCGGGCAAUGAUGGGACUUAAUAUGAGAGAGGAGGAAGAUGGCCUAUAUCUCCCUGGGCUUUUACACCAAAUGGUUUUGGAAGGGUAGACUGAGAAACUGGUGUAAGCCGAAUGUAUUACUGUCAGGGGCAAAUCCUUUGGGCUUUCAUUCUUGUAUGCCAAUGACACUAAGUAAUCCACUGUAUAUUUCUACUGAAAUGUACUUCUUUAAUUUUACUUUUUAGUCCUGGUAUUCUUGAAGGUUUAAAUGAUGGAGGUGAUGUCGUCGCGUCUGGUACACAUUGUACUACCGAAUAGCCGCUGUAGUUGUACAGAUGAUAGCAUAUUGACGGCUCAGGCUUCAUGAGAGUAUUACAGCCUAUUCCAAUUUUGCGUAGGGUGCGCCAGGUACUUGAAUUUGAUAUCUGUCCAAUCAAAUACUUACACAACC